GCCGCGGUGGACACGUACUGCAGACACAACUACGGGGUUGUGGAGAGCUUCACGGUGCAGCGGCGAGUGGCGCCUACAGUGACUGUGUAUCCUGCAAAGACACAGCCCCUGCAGCACCACAACCUCCUGGUCUGCUCUGUGAAUGGUUUCUAUCCAGGCCACAUUGAAGUCAGGUGGUUCCGGAAUGGCCAGGAAGAGGAGGCGGGGGUGGUCUCCACAGGCCUGAUCCCUAAUGGAGACUGGACCUUCCAGACCAUGGUGAUGCUUGAAACAGUCCCUCAGAGUGGAGAGGUCUACACCUGCCACGUGGAGCACCCCAGCUGGACCAGCCCUGUCACAGUGGAAUGGAGGGCACAGUCUGAAUCUGCUCAGAGCAAGAAGAUGAGUGGAAUCGGAGGCUUUGUUCUUGGUCUGCUCUUCCUUGGGGUGGGGCUGUUCAUCUACUUCAGGAAUCAGAAAGGACACUCUGGACUUCAGCCAACAGGACUCCUGAGCUGAAGGGAGGAUGGUGGCACUCAAGCAAAAACCUUCUGUCCCGACUUCUUCGCAGCAUGAAAAUGUUUCCUGCUUCACUGUAAUUCUUCCACAAUGACAGUACUUCUCAGGAUCUAGUUUGCUCUUGGUUGAGUGACCCUGCAGAAAAUGUCCUUCUUGAUGGCUUCCUCAGCCCCUAUCCUUGACCUGGAAGUCCCUAAUAUUGAUCGCAAUACCUUAUCUUCAUUUUUUCCUGGUCCCUUUUGUUUUUAACCUUUACUGCCUCCUGUGCAUCUGAACUCAUCUUCUGCCCACAUUCCUUUUUAAAGUCUUUCUCAAAUAAAUAUGGAUGAAAAUCAUCUGCUUCAUACAGUUCCAAGGAAGGAAGUAGAAAGAAAAGAAAAAAGGAGAAUUGCAUCAUAUAGCAAUAAUGGUUUUCAUUAACAUUGCUGAAAUUUGGUCACUUGUGGAUCUGAAAGAUUUCCUUGCUUCCUUCCCUGUUUUUUUCUUGGGUUUUCUGUACUCUCUAAUUAGGAAUGUUUUCCUGAACUAGAAUAAAAACUUUGUUGAACCCA